AUGGAUGAACGAUCUGUAGAAUGUGGCCGGCAACGUCUGGAUGCGGGGGAUACAGAACCGAGAGACUCUUUAGUGUUAAUCGAUGCUACGGUUAUCGAAAGGGACCCCGCACAUCCAGCCUUUGAUCCAAAUAUAUACGAGGAAGCUUUAGAUCCUGAGCUUUGUGCAAAACAACUAGAAUAUUUGGCUUUGAACGAUACGCUUCUGAGAAUGACAUUUCUCGAGGCGGGUCCAAGAAUUCCAAGAGGGAUCCUACAAUUCAAUCUUCUGGACCUAGGAAACUACCGUCAAUGCCUUGGUAUUAACAGAGAAGUUGAUGACAUGGUUAUUGAUGGGAAGUAUUGUCUAGUAAGAACUGGAUCGCCAGGGCUUGCGAGCUUAGGAGAUACAAUUGAAUUGGAAAAUAUAAACAAAGCUGCUGAGAAUUUAAAAGAUAAAAUAAACUCAUUCCAAAGAAUACGACAAGAUUUACUAGCUUUGGGUGGAAUAGAAAGUAAAAAAUCUAUAAGAACGGAUUUAGGUUUACAUUUUACUGUGGCUGUUUGCAUACCGAAACCUUGCUCCCUAAGACAGGCGCUACCGAUUCUCAUUGGAAGUGGGUUGUUGGAAAGUGAGGAAAUAUAUUGCCGAUUUAAAAAUGAUAAACCCUGGGCACCAGGGGUUUAUGUGGCUAUAGUAGUCUUCAGUUUAAUUGGUUUAGUGACCAUUCUUAGCACAAGCUAUGAUAUUUGGAAUACGAUUAUUUGGAAACGAGAUCCGAAAUCCUUAAAUACAAUUUAUCAAUCGUUCUCAGUAUAUACAAAUGCUCGUCGCCUCAUCACAUAUAAACCAGUUCGCGGAGCUUUAGAAUGUGUCGAUGGCGUCAGAGCAUUAUCUAUGGCCUGGGUUGUAAUCGGGCACACAUUUAUUACUUUACCACCUGUUCUAAAUAAUUUGGACUAUUUUGAGUGGGGUAUGUCAUUUCGUGCGAUAUGGAUUACUGCAGCUCCACUAGCUGUAGACACUUUCUUUACGCUCAGCGGUUUGCUUAUCGUCUACACGUCUUUUGGAAAACUUAGCAAUAUGAAACUACUAAACAACCUCCACUUAUUUUACCUCAACCGAAUUCUACGAAUGUUUCCUCUACUAGUCACUGCUAUUUUGCUACAAGUUGGUGUAUUUCAUUACAUUCACGACGGUCCUUACUGGCAUACACAAGCUUCCAUGACUGAAGAGUGUAGAGUAAAUUGGUGGUCAACAUUACUUUAUGUGCAAAAUUAUGUUCAUCCAAUGUGUAUACCUCAUUCCUGGUAUUUAGCAAUUGACAUGCAACUACACAUUCUGUCUCCAUUGAUUUUAUUCUGGGUAUUGUCAGGAAAAAAGAUUCUUGCCUGGUCAGCUUUAAUUGGUGCGUUAUUACUUUCUCUCACGGCUUCAUCAAUUUACAACUUCUUGAAUAAUUUUACUGGUACUUCUGCGCGACCUGUAUUGUCUCUAGAAGAGACUGAUAGAUACUUUAGAAAUUAUUACUUCAAUACAUUAACAAGAUGUUCACCUUUUUUGGUUGGAAUGUGCUUCGGGUACUUGAUCCACUUUUGGCGAGAAAAUAAUAUUCGACUGCCAAGGGUCAUCAAUUGUAUAUUAUGGGUCGUAAGCAUAGCCGUAUUGUGGUUGGCGUUAUACGCCUGCGAACCUUUUAAAAAUAUUGAGUUUGAUAAGCAGAUCUAUGACAACUUUGUGAAUUCAUUCAUGCGACCAAUGUGGGCUCUUGGACUUGGCUGGCUUAUUCUUGCUUGCGCCGAAGGUUACGGAGGCCCGAUUAACUGGUUCCUGUCGCUACGUAUGUGGAAAUUGCCAUCUCGCCUUUCGUAUGGGAUAUAUUUGUUCCAUUUUCCAAUUCAGUAUGUUAUAAGUGGUGCAAUGUCGCAGCACUUUUUCUUUUCUGUGUUAAAUUGUAUUUACAACUUCUGCGGUCAAUUUGUGAUAGCUUUUACAGUCAGCUUUAUUUUUACAGUUUUGAUAGAUUCUCCCUUUUCCACUAUUGUCAAGAUACUACUGGGUGGCGGUAUCAAAAAAUCAGGUUCAGAGCAACCAGGUGAUAAAAUGAAUACUCAAAGAACAGUCGGGACCAAUCAGGAAAAAAGCGAACCGAUCGAAGAUCGAAGUAGAGUAGCAACAUGAAAUCAUAAAUUACAUAUAUUUUUUAUUAUAUCUAUAUACGCUGUCGUGCUAGCCCUACUGAGGGGUACCGCCACUGCGCCCGUCAC